AUGUCCCCCAUGGAAAACUGGAACGCGGACGAGCCCCCCGCCGUCGACCCCGACUACGUCGAGGAGCCCACGGCCGCUGACGUCGAGCUCGCUGACGUCGAGGAGAUCGCCGACGACGAGGUACCCAAGCUGCUCGACGAGGCUGACGAGAUCGGCGCGAUGCGCCCCAGGAUGCGCAAGAGCGUCACGCCGGCAAAGAAGGGCGCGAAGGAGCCCGCGUGGCCCGACGAGGACGAGCACGCGGACGAGAACUUUGAGCACACCGACGAGUUUAAGCGCGGAGGCGAGGCGGACGAAGACAUGGAAGUGGACGAGGGCGUCACCAAGAAAGAGAUCAAGAACAUCGUGGCCGAGUGCGACGAGAUCGGCGCGCUCAGACCCCGGCGCAUCAACUGA